AAUUCUAGCCAAUCGCAGUUUAGGUUCGCCAAGCGGUUGCGUGUCAUGGCGUCCUCCUUGAAGGGGGUUGGGUUCGCUGCUUCAUAAUAAGUGCGAUAUUUGCAUUCCCACGUUCAGCUAAGCGGCUCUAACGCGUUUAGGAUAUUAUUGCACUAGCAAUGGGGACUGUGCACGCACGGAGUAUGGAUUCUUACCCCAUGUAUGGGCGAGAUAUGGGCGUCAACCCAGAUGAUAUGGAAAUGAUGGAGGCGGUGCAAGAAACUAAACAAGAGGUUUUAGAAAAUAAAGAUGUUGUUGUACAGCAUGUCAACAUUGAAGGGUUGGGUAGAACUAAAGAGGAUUACCUGGGCUAUGAAAUCUCUGAUGUCUUCACUGCCAGGAACCUGGUUGAAGUGAUGAGAAAAUCCCAUGAGGCCAGACAGAGGUUGCUCCGUCUUGGCAUAUUCAAAGACGUGGAGGUGGUGAUUGACAUCUCAGAAGGGGCAGACGCUCUGCCAAAUGGACUUGAUGUUACAUUUGAGGUGACCGAGCUUAAACGACUCACAGGCAGUUAUAAUACCAUGGUUGGAAACAAUGAAGGGAGUAUGGUCUUGGGCAUUAAACUUCCAAACAUGAUUGGCCGAGGAGAGAAGCUCACCUUUCAGUUUUCCUAUGGAACUAAGGAGACGUCCUACGGCCUGUCCUUCUUUAAACCACAGUCAGGAUAUUAUGAACGCAACUUCACGCUAAACCUGUACAAAGUCACCGGCCAGUUCCCGUGGAGCUCUCUGAAAGAAACGGACAGGGGAGUUUCUACAGAGCUCAGUUUCCCUCUGUGGAUGACAGAUCACACUCUGAAGUGGGAGGGCGUGUGGCGUGAGCUGGGAUGUCUGGCCCGCAGCGCCUCCUUCGCUGUGAGAGAGGAGAGCGGCCACACUCUUAAAUCCGCCCUUUCUCACACCAUGGUAGUAGACACCAGGAACUCUGCCAUCUUGCCCCGAAGAGGUGCCUUACUGCGGAUCAACCAGGAGCUGGCAGGAUACACCGGCGGAGAUGCCAGCUUUCUCAAAGAGGACGUUGAGCUGCAGCUUAACAAACCAUUUAUCUGGGGAUCGGUGUUAUCUGCAUCUUUAUGGGGUGGGAUGAUCUUUCCUCUUGGGCGUCAGUCUACCUCUAUUGCUGACAGGUUCUACCUGGGCGGCCCAACCAGUGUGAGAGGUUUUGGCAUGUACAGUAUAGGCCCUCAGAGUGAAGGUGAUUAUCUGGGUGGGGAAGCGUAUUGGGCUGGUGGGCUUCACCUGUACACACCCCUCCCCUUCCGCUCAAACAAGGGCGGUUUGGCUGACCUCUUCAAGACACACUUCUUCCUUAAUGCUGGAAACCUUUGCAACCUCAACUACGGAGAGGGACCACACGCACAUCUGCAGAAGUUAGCGGAGUGUAUCCGUUGGUCUUAUGGCGCAGGAAUAAUUCUACGUCUGGGAAACAUUGCUAGACUUGAACUCAAUUACUGCUUCCCCAUGGGUGUUCAAAGUGGAGACAGGAUAUGUGACGGUGUGCAGUUUGGAGCAGGCAUCCGUUUCUUGUGAUCUCCUCAACUGCUGUCCAACUGUUGCAGCAGGGAUUUGUGGGAUAGCGCUUAAGAUUUUUCUAAUAUUUUUGGAUGUUGAACAUUAAUUGAGGGAUCCCUACUGCAUGCACACUCUGAGGAUGCACUUCGUUUUUGUACCUUGAAGACAAAAAAAAAAUGAUGUGGUUUUCCUGCAUACCUUUCUCACUGUUUGAUGAAGAGUCCAGUGUUCAGUGAAUGAAGAUGUAUGUAAUCUUAUCCGGUCUGCAGGUGCUAAAAGAGUUAGGCUUUUACAGUUGUUUUCAAUGAGGAGUGCUUUAGAGAUUAUUCAUAAUCAAGCUGUUAAACCUGAGAUUCAGUUCAAAUCCACACCACCGUCCACCUUUAUGUGUGCUUUUUACUCAGUUCAGUCAGUGUUUCAGUCAGUUCAAUCAUGCCAAACGAGAUAACUGAAUUGAUUCAAACCAACCUCAUCGAAUGAGUAGUGAGUCGAAGUCCCCUUCGUGAAAUCCACCAGCAGUGCUUUAUUAUUAGGACACUUUUUAUUAUCGUUUGAACUUUAAAUUUAUGUUAUAUUGUGCACAAAAAAUAAACCUUUUUGUUUCCCUAA